AUAAGGCUCGUCUAGAUUGUUUCAAACAAUCAGAAGAAUUCAAAGCAAGGGCUCACUAAUUCAUUUUUGAAUAAGAUUAAUAUUUGUAACAAACAUCCAGUCAUUUUAAUAGUAGCAUUCCUGUUAUGAAAUAUUACUUUAUUUGAUAAUCCGUUAAGAUUGACAUCCAAGUAUAAGUAACUUAUGAUGAACUCAAAAAGAUGAAGUAAACAAAUAUAAAUAACUUUAUAAGACCAAAAGAAUCGGAGGAGCCUUAUCAGAGAGAUUUUGGAAAGAUUGAGAAAAAAAAACAUUCCAGAUCUUCUUGGAUUUCUUUCAAAGAAUCCAUUAGAGAAUUUUAAAGCAAGAUAACAAAGUCUAAAUUAGAUGGUUAUAGUAGAACUAGCUUUUUAGCAUCCUUCUCUCCUGAUGGCAAUAUAUUAGCAUCUGAGUAAAGAUAAUUUUAAACUUUAAUUGAUGUUAAGAUAAGAGAAGCAUACUGAAUAUACAUAGCUACUAUAUCCAUCUAAUUUAGAUUUUUUUGUCGUUUUAUUAGUAGAGAUAUGAAAUUAAGUCUUUCAAUAAAGAAAGUUGAGAUGUAC